CGGGAGCGGGGUUGGGAGGGCGGCGGCGGCCGGGGCGCUAUGCGCCGCUAGGAGGAUGGCGGUGGAAGCUAUCCAUUGCAGUCUGAAUCCAAAUGGUAUCGAUCAUCCUGUCCCCACAGAAGGUAUUAACCUGCAACUUGAAGGUGAAGGAAUUGAAUCACCCUCUGUUAAGAACACUUGUACGCCGAAAGGGCCUGAGUCAAAAGAGACACCCAAAAGACAAGUGGAGCCAGAAAUAUCUAAGUCUGGUACUGUGAAGCUGACCAAGCCAGUAGCUCUGUGGAGCCAGCAGGAUGUCUGCAAGUGGUUGAAGAAACAUUGCCCAAAUCAGUAUCAAAUCUACAGUGAGUCAUUCAAACAGCAUGACAUAACGGGCCGUGCUUUGCUGAGGCUCACUGACAAAAAGCUUGAACGAAUGGGCAUUGCCCAGGAAAGCCUGAGACAGCACAUUCUGCAGCAAGUCCUUCAGCUGAAGGUGAGAGAAGAAGUCCGAAACCUCCAGUUGCUUACACAAGCCCCAGCAGAGAGCUCUCCAUAAAUAUUUCCAGCCUCAACAGCUGCUGUCCUGCCACUUGACAUGAAAGUGAACUUUUCUUCCUGAGAAAAACCAUAAUAAAUGGCACUGCCAGAAGGUGACCAUGGAGGACUGACGACAAACUUGAAGUAAAAUCAUCCUGCUUGAGAUGAUACAUUCUGGGAAGACCUGGUUUGCAGUGGAUUAAAAAUGCGGUGCAUAAUAUCCAGUGCUAGUUUGUUUGAAAUGGUCAUUGACAGACCUUUAGCUGGAAAAUUUCUUCCAGUUUUCAUCACUGUGCAUAACUUUGAGUUCCCUUUAGGGGAUAGUCUGUGCCCUUCACUAGAAGUCCUGUUUUAGCAUGGCAACUACUGGAUUCUUUUGUUAUGUAUGCAGAUGGCAUGAUGUUUUAGGAAAAACUUGCAGCAGUUCUCCAAUCUCGGUGGAUAUAUUCACAAUAUUACACCCCUGAUAGGAAUGUAAACAUGUCUUGUAUAUGUUAGUUUUGCUGUCUAAUGGUAUUCUGUUGAAAAAUAUCAGCACUUCAUAGGUGCUUUCUGCACAGAAAAACUAGCACAGUCCAUAUAUAUAUAAAUGUCUUUUUUUUUAAUACAGAGGAUAUAUUUCAGUAUUUGUGCUGAGACUAUAUCCAAACUGAAGUCCAUUACUUGCAUACCUUCACUAAUUCACAGUAGAUUGUGUAGAUAGACUUGCACGUGGCAAAUGUGUGACUUUUACUUUAUUGAGACUUACAGAAGAGCUGUCACAGAGGUAGCCAAGAACAGGGUAAGUUGAAUGAGCCAUAAGAAACUGUCUGUUCACCCUCUUAUCCACCAAAAAUCAAAAGUUGUCAUUUCCAGGGUGCCAAUGCAGUUUUCUUAAUGAGGGAGAAGAAAGGGAGAGAGCCUUUCUCAGAGAUAUGUUUGACCCUGGGUUUGGUUUUCAAUAAAAACAGUAUAAACUGGAAGAAUUCAGUUUUUUUAUGCUAGUUACCUUUUGUGUUUUGGGCAGGAUUGGGGAAACAUAGUCCAAACUUUGAGUUCCCUCUCAGAACUCAGUUCAGAACUCUCUGAAUCAGGUAAAGUGUAAAACUGUAUAUUUCUAAGGAGCAAGGCUCUCUCUCUGGAGAGGGCAGACUUCAUUAACUUUUUUCCACUUUCUACCCAAAACAGUAUUUUGGUAGGAACCUGGAAUAAGCAAAUGGUUUUAAUAAGCCUUUCAGUAUACUGUAGCAGGCUCAAGACUGUUGCAUUCAACCUGACCGUUGUUAUUUGUUCAGUCUCUGGCUGGUCUCAUCACUGGCUGUAUCACAGCUGGCUGUGGUACCGUUUUAUCCAUGGGGACUUAGUGGAGUUAGUGUCUGUCCCUCACAUCAAGACCUUCUUUACACACUCUUUCUAGUGAAUUGAUGUCAUCAGCAUGCUGAGGGGACUUAAUUGUUUGUUCCUUUUCUCUUGAAAAUCAAGGGUAGCUUUGGGGGUAUUUAAAUACCAUCAUUCUCUCCAGCUAGAUGGAUAGGUGCUGUAGAGUUGCUGUUAGUAUAACUGUGAGUGAGAUACUGUACCAGUGUGAAGAUGCAAUGAUGGAGAGAAGGUGCAAGUACAUUAAGUCAGAGGAAUACCUUAGAGCCCGCUUCUACUUUUUAAAAAUUAUUGUACAGUUCAUUGCUAGGGAAUGCAAGGUCAACCAGUGAGGGUCCCUGUACAUCCAACACUCCAACACACACAUACAUAUAUGUGUGUGUGUGUAUACAAAUAUAUAUAUAUAUACAUAUACAUAUAUAUAUAUAGAUAUAUGACAGCUCUCCACCCAUCUAAGAUUCAGCAUGUUGGAUACUUCUAUGCUAUUCAAUUCAGAAACAAAUCAUUUUUAUUAAUGGCCAAGAUUUUCAGAAGUGGCUAGUGAGUUCUGAAAGUUUGGGUCUUUCCAUGGGUUUUCAAAUGGAGCGCCCCAAAAUUUUGAGGCAAUAAGCAUGUAUAUUCUUUUUCUGAAAAUCAUGGUCCCUAAUUAUAAAUUAACUGUUUUUAAAAAUUUCCUUAAAACAUAAGAAUCUUUGCCAGCUGCAACAUACACAUUUUUAGAGUUCUAGCAUUGCAAGUUGGAAUCUGAUACUUAUUAAAUGAAUUGGCCAUGCGCAUUGCUGAAUUCUAUUCUAAGCUUCAAUAAAUUUUAUAGCUCUUUCUGUUACAGAUUUUAAAAAUGUACUCUGGCAACUGCCAUCAAUUUCAUAUCAGUAAAGUGAUUUAACAGAAAGUUUGAUAUCAGUUAUUUUAGAAAGAAGGAGACUGCUAUAAUUUUGCAGUAGGGGUUCUCUUAUUUUACUACCUAAUGAAAAAUUACUGAAAAAAUUUUGAGUGAUAAAAGAAGCGUUUAUCAGAGAGCAUUGCUCUAAAUGGGUUUAAGAGAAACUGCUGGGUUAGGGGAAGAGCCACUAGAAGCAUUUUGUGUAUCAAUGUUAGUUUUGAACAUCUUCCAGUAUAUGGGCAUGAAUUUAGUUGUGUGAACUCCUGUUAAAACAGUUUGUUUUAAAAGCUUCCCAGGAUUUUAGCUAUGGUAAUCUAGAAAAGCAGUGUUACAGGCCCUGAGAAAUGUGAAAAUAAAGUCCAGAUCCUUGUCUAGACAAACAUGGUGAGAAUUUUGCUGUAGGUUUCUAUUAGACCAGUCUUGUUGGAAGCUGUUGUAGACCUCCAGCUGCCAGACAGCCUACGCAUGUGAAUAACAUUUAUGCAUAAGCAAGCAUCAUUCCACUGAGCCCAGUGACACUCCUCACAUGUGUACCUGUCUGCAGGAGCCAUAAUGAAAUAACUGUACUUCUGACUUGCAUUUAUUCAUCAUGUUUGGAUUUUUUAAUGACUGUUAUGCUCCCACAGUAGGCCAUGCUUCCUCAGGGAUAUUUAUGAAAUUGUUCUACAUCUGUUGAACAACUAUCUGGUUCCCAGCAUAUUCUCCUGAAAACUUUGUAAUAUAAAUAAAUAUGUGGGAGAGAUUUUUGUUACUAUGAAUGGGGGCAGGUACUGUGUUCUCGGAAAGGCUACUGAGUGCAGACAAUCAAGUCUACUGCAUUUUUUAUGCUGAACACCUUAUUAAUAGCAGACACAUCCGCUUUUGCCUGAGUCGCAAGAACAGGUCUAUGGAACGAAUGCUUUAUCUCUAGUCAAUAAAUCAUUUAUGUCAAGAGUGCCAAAGACCAAGUCAACAUGAAAGGGAACGAAUAAGUUAUUCCGGCAAGGGAAGUGAAUUUAAAUAUGCUCAGAGCCAUUAGUUGAGUGCAAAAGAGUGGGAGGCUAAUGCUGUUUUAAUAAAACAGCAAUUAUCAGCCCUGUGGAGGGAGAUAUAUUCACAAAGGCCAGUACUACCAUUACAUUGAUUACUAGUUGUCAUCUCUGAAAUACAGGUAAAGCGAAAUAGUGUCGCAAUCAAGACGCUAUUCUCCAUGUGCAGCCGGGCAGCCUUCCUCCUGUGAGCAGGCACUCGCCUGCCUCCGCCGCUCGCCUGGUGUCUUUGGAGAAAGGUUGCAGGGUCAGGCCCCGCUAGGAAGCACGGAUAAACUCAACUCUCCUAAGUACUCAAACUGCGUGGAAUCUAACACUAGCAAGCUGAAAGGAUUGCUGGCCUCGGAAAAUAUACUGCAGCAGAAAAAUAUCCUUUGCACUAUCUUAUUCUUUGGUUUUUUGUCUUAUUUUUUUUUUCCAUUUCUGGGGCUUUUUUUUUUUU